AUGUCCUUCCCGCCGUACCCGUACCCCACCACCAACACAGAGCUCAUCACCACCCACGCCCUCAUCAAGCACUUUGAGGGCGGCUACUUUGCCCAGACCGUCGCACUCGAGUCCGCCGUCCCUCCCACCCCCUCCCCCGCCAACCCGCACGUCCCCAAGUCGGCUGUUCUGGGGGGCAGGGAGCAGUAUGACUCUGGCCCUGGGGCAGAGCUCAUCUCUGGCAAGACCGCCCCCAGGCCCGAAGACGGGCAAGAUGUCAAGACUGAUGCCACUCAGAUCUACUACUUGCUCACACCCGACUCUCACCGUGGCAAGAUGCACAUGAACCUUCACUCUACGUUCCACAUCCACCACGCUGGUCGAGCGCUCUACACUCUCAUCCGACCCCCUUCUCCGUCCGAGCCCGGCGCUGGGCCCCUCGUCAAGAAGGUCGUGAUCGGCCCCAACGUCUGGCGCGGCGAAGUCAAGCAGCUAUUUGUCCCCGGCGGCUGGUGGAAAGCCAGCGAGAUCCCAGAGGAAGACCUCAAGCUGGUACAAAGCAAAGGCGCAGAAGAUGGGGAUGUGAAGGAGAGGGUGGGGUGCUUGAUCAGUGAAGUUGUUGUGCCGGGGUGGAACCCGGACCAGCAUCAGUUUAUUGACGAGCAAAAGUUGAAAGCCAUGUGGGAAGGCAAGGACGGCUGGGAAGAGUAUGUCAAGUAUAUCCAAGCCCCCGAUGGGCUGGAGUAUCCUGAGAAGUAA